UUCUAUGCAAUUCUAGUACCGUGGUACGUGAGCUCUUUGUCCAGUGAAGGAAGUGACGUUAUACAGGAUGAAUACCACAACAGUGCUACAGCUACCCCGCCAGCUCUCUCUACAGCUCUAGCUCUAUUGCGCUCUAAAAGCUCAUACAUUCUCCACUUCAAUCACCAAGUCUUCAUAUCCAACACCGAUUCUGAGUCCACAACCUACUUUCAUUGCACCAACAUCCCAAUUCCCAUCCUCACCACUCACUCGCCCACAUCCCCAAACACCAUCCCCACCUCAUCAACCAUGUCAUCCUUCGUCCCGCACGAACUCCGCGAGCAAGUCACAGCAAUAUCAAAGCUCCUCAAAGACAAAGGCGAGACAAUCUCCGUCGCCGAAACCGCCGCCGGCGGCCUCAUAUCCGCCUCCCUCCUCUCCAUCCCCGGCGCAAGCAAAUUCUACAAAGGCGGUGUCACACUCUACACCCUCCCUUCCCGCAUCGCAUACGCCGGCUGGACGGAAUCCGAUAUCAAGACCUACAACGGGCCCACGCCUGCCCUCGUUGCCGGUCUGGCAGAGCACACGCGUGUGAAGCUCGGGAGCACGGUUUGUGUGGCUGAGAGUGGGACUGCGGGGCCGGAGGGGAGUGGGAGGGGGUCGAACAGGCAGCCGGGAUAUGUGGCGGUUGCGGUUGCGGUGGUGGAUGGUGAGACUGUGAGUAGGGAGGUGUGUACUGGGGUGGUGGAUCGGGAGGGGAAUAUGGUGAGGUUUGCGGUCGAGGCGUUGGGGUUGGUGAGGGAGGUGCUUGAGGGGAGGAGUGGUGGUGGUGAUGGGAGGCUCUGAGGGGCUACUGGUGUGGACGUGGGCGUAAAGGUUAUGGUGGAUGUGGAUGUAUCCAGUCGAGUAGAGGUAUAAUUUUGUAUCAGAACUCUUCGGUUUACUGUGUAUAUAUACCAAUACCACAUGCUACGCAAGACCAGAUGGUCGCUGGUGUUCUUAGG